AUGAAAAAAAUCAUCAGCUGUCGCGUGGGCUUCGAGGAGAUAGAAAUCGGAAACAUCAAAGAGGACUAUGUGGCCGCUCGCAGAGAAGAGGACCAUGUGGCACACAGGUGGUCGAUGGACGCAGGAGCCCAAUCAAAUUGCGUGCAAGACCACCGACUGAGGCUCCUACGACAAAUCAACGAGGAGGUGGCGGAAGAGGAGGAAGAACAAAUGGUGGAAGAGGAGCUAGAAGACAUUUUGGAAGAGGGAGAAAAAACUGAAGUUUUUGGUUGGGAGCCAAAAAAGCAUCAAAAAUCUCAUUUUUAUAAGGUCCAAUACUACAACACUAGCAUUCAUCUAUUGUAA